AAAAAAAAAGAAACUCCUCAGCACUAUUUUUUUAGUCCCCUUGAAGAGAAGAAGGAACACCCUUUAUACAAGAGGGCGGAUUAACACCUAUUGUCACUAGCAAGUGAAUAUGUCAACGAAAGCACGCUGAACGCCACACGCUUUAAUAGAAAAAGCGACCAUAUUGAGGUCAGAGGAAAGCGUUGCCAGGGCGACCGGCUUGCUAGGGAGGACACUGCGGCGCGCGUCACACGCCGGGGACGAGCGUAGCUGCCUGCUUGCGUGCGUGCCUUACGAGGGUGCGCACGUGCGCGAGCGCGCGACGGCCAGCCGGAGCGGUCACGGCAUCCUCGCAGCAGCAGCAGCGGCAGAGGCAGCAUCCUUCUCUUCGAGACUGCUGGAGCACCGCGAUUUGUGCGUCCGCCGUUUCUGAUACAAGCUAAAGCGAGCCGAGCCGGAAGCUCGGCAGCGUCUUGGCUGUCUUUACUGGGAUUUAUUUUGGAUUUAUCGUCGACGUCCUAGGAAAAUAAGAAGAAAACACAGUCCGAGAGAGUAAACCUGAGUAGCUGAGACCACUGGUCAACACAGGUGAUACUUUCCGGCUGUCAAAUCCGCCGAGUCCCCGCAGACACGUCCGGGUUAUUUCGGGGUUAUUUUGCAGUUUAAAGGCCUCGAUAAAAAGAGACAUUGGUCCUGUGGCACGCUGGACUGUCAGCAGAGAAAUUCAUUUCUUGCGGGGACCAACCCGAGCUCGGCUGCUCGUAUGGAGAAUCCUACUAAACCGAGCUGUUUGUGGUGGGUAUUGCAGUAGAGGCAGCUUUAUUUUUGGGAUUCAGUCUCCACUCUGUCAUCGUCUCCAGCCAUGAAGUCCCACCUGCCGGCCCGGUUGGACUGAACGAGGUAGAGCUCUGCCGAGGGGGACCUCCCCCCUCCCCUCCCUCCCCAAAGUAUUUGCGCUAUUUUCUUUUUUUUUUUAAUUUGUUUUCAUUUUUAUCUUUGUUUUUCCCGCGAGCUGGCGGAAGGUUUAAGGAGAAGGACGAAAUCUGAAGAGAACAGCAGUGGGAAUCUGGCGCCCUACCAGCACCCGUGGAUCCCACGUUAACAGAAUUCAUCAUCAAUCCAAUUAUCUGGAUAAUUGAGGACGAAUAGGUAUGGAACGCAACAGAGCCAUGGCUUGGGAAGUGUUUCGGAUCACCGUUGCUCAGAAUCACCACUGACCUGGCACCCACUCCAAGGUCCAAACCCCUUUAUCUGGCACCCAGAGCCCAAAGGACCCUUCUCUCCCAAGCAGCUGCCUUGUCCUCCACUUCACCUUCAGUCAGCGCCCUUAGUCUUGGUCGAGUUUCUAAAAAAGCUCCUUUUUAGUCAUUAAGGGUUUUUUACCUUCCAGAUUGUUGGAUAUAAUCCACUUUUGCUCAUAAAGAGAGACGUUUUCCCAAACUGACUAAAAGCAGGUGGCUGAAUGGUAUGAACUCAGUCAUGAAGCCCCUUCCAUUCUUUAUAAAUAGACAGAGUCGGCGGAGUUUGUCGUCCAGGACAAGCCACCUCAGCCUUAUGACAGACUGGUGCCUCAUGAGCAUCCUAGGCCUCAUUCUGCUCUUCAGUCUAGCCUCGAGCCAGAAGAUGGAUCCUUCUAAACACCCUAUCGUGACCACUAACUAUGGGAAGCUCAGAGGCAUCAAGAAGGACUUGAACAAUGAGAUUCUUGGCCCUGUGGAGCAGUACCUGGGUGUGCCCUACGCCACGGCGCCCAUCGGCGAUCGCCGCUUUCAGCCACCUGAGGCCCCGGGAUCCUGGCAGGAGAUCCGCAACGCCACCCUCUUUGCCCCUGUGUGCCCUCAAAAUGUUCACGGUGUACUGCCGGAGAUAAUGCUACCCGUGUGGUUCACAGACAACCUGGAUGUGGCGGCCGGUUACAUCCAGAACCAGAGCGAGGAUUGCCUCUACCUCAAUGUCUACGUGCCGACGGAGGAUGAUAUCCGUGACCGCAGGAAGAAGCCGGUGAUGCUGUUUAUUCACGGCGGCUCCUACAUGGAAGGCACAGGAAACAUGUUUGAUGCCAGCGUCCUCGCUGCCUACGGCAACGUGAUCGUGGUAACCAUGAACUACAGGCUCGGCGUGCUCGGCUUCCUGAGCACCGGAGAUCAGUCUGCUAAGGGGAACUAUGGCCUGCUGGACCAGAUUCAGGCUCUGCGUUGGCUCAACGAGAACAUUGGCCACUUUGGCGGAGACCCGGAGAGGAUCACCAUCUUCGGCUCUGGAGCUGGGGCCUCCUGUGUCAACCUCCUCAUCCUCUCGCACCACUCUGAGGGUCUGUUCCACAGGGCCAUAGCGCAGAGUGGCACAGCCAUCUCCAGCUGGUCCGUUAACUACCAACCCCUCAAGUACACCAAGAUCCUGGCCCGGAAGGUGGGUUGCACCUACGCAGAGACUGCUGACCUGGUUGACUGCCUGAGGCGCAAGAACUUCAGAGAGCUGGUGGACCAAGACAUCCAGCCGGCCCGCUAUCACAUCGCCUUUGGGCCUGUUGUGGACGGAGACGUAGUUCCUGAUGAUCCAGAGAUUCUCAUGCAGCAGGGGGAGCUCCUAAACUAUGACAUCCUGAUAGGAGUGAACCAGGGAGAGGGGCUGAAGUUUGUGGACGACAGUGAGGACAACGACGGCAUCUCAGCUGCGGCGUUCGACUACACCAUCUCCAGCUUUGUUGACAACCUCUACGGCUACCCAGAGGGCAAAGACAUCCUGAGGGAGACCAUUAAGUUCAUGUACACAGACUGGGCGGACAGGGACAACGGCGACAUGCGGCGGAAGACUCUGUUGGCCCUGUUUACGGACCACCAGUGGGUGGCACCAGCUGUGGCCACUGCCAAACUCCAUGCUGAGUUUCAGUCCCCAGUUUACUUUUACACGUUCUACCACCACUGCCAGACCGAGACGCGGCCCGAGUGGGCCGACGCCGCGCACGGAGACGAGAUACCUUACGUGUUCGGCGUACCGAUGAUCGGUGCCACGGACCUGUUCCCGUGCAACUUCUCCAAGAACGAUGUGAUGCUGAGCGCUGUGGUCAUGACUUACUGGACUAACUUCGCAAAGACUGGGUAGGCCUCAUGUCACAGUAGUGUAAACUGUACACGUUACUGUAUGUUCUCUGAUAGCCUUCUAGUCAUCUUGAAUACUUGAAUCUAGGUUGCUAGUUUAAUUCCCGUGUGGCUUUGAAGAAUUGAACAUACUGGUUCACCAAAAGCAUCCAGAUCCCAGAGCAGCCGGUUGGUCUUAGAUAGUUGAAAGGUUGCACAGAGAAUGGGCCUCCUGUCUGUAUUCAGUGU